AUGCGGACACAGGGCCGCGAAAUAAAGGCACAACCGAAAAUACGUCACCGCCUGCAACGCCGUGAUAACGGUACGCUCUACGGACAAACGCGGCAACUAGACAAAGGCGCGUUAUCAAGCGAACCGGGCACACCGUACGAAAGGGCGAGUCUGUCUCGCCGACGCCGUACGCGGUUCACGCGGAUCUCACUCCGCCGGUCAACACCUGACGGAAUACCUGCGAUUACCGACCGAGGCAAACCUCGACCGGCCACAGCGGAACGUCCGAACGUACAACAACAACAACAACCAGCCGCCAUUUACGGACUCGCCGUUAAUAAGUAA